CAUCCUGAACUACUUGGACAGGUGUAGGCUAUCACUCGCGCAGAGUGGUGCGGUCGGAGGGGGCUCGGGGGCGCCAGCGAAGGCGCGCUUGCGCGAAAAUGGGUGCAGGUUCGCGCACAACACUACAAUCAAUAAUACCGUGGACGUCGACGCUGAAGUUUCUAAUAUUCGUAAUGUAUAACAGACUCGAAAUCACUCGUGCUUCGGUGUCCCGCCCAAAAUGAAGGCAUGGCCGGCAAGGGGCUGUACCGCGUGCACCAGUUCUCCAAGGUGGAGAUGUUUGUGCUGGCCACCCCGGCGCAGUCGGAGGCGCUGCACCAGGAGCUCAUCGACAUUGAGGCCGACAUGUUCACAGAGCUGGGGCUGCACUUCAAGGUGUUGGACAUGCCCAGCGGCGACCUGGGCGCGCCCGCCUUCCGCAAGUACGACGUGGAGGCCUGGAUGCCGGGGCUGCAGCGCUACGGCGAGAUCAGCUCCGCCUCCAACUGCACCGACUACCAGUCGCGCCGGCUCAACAUCCGCUACAGGCCGGGGGCAGUCGCCAAGGAGGCCGGCUCGGACAGCGACGGCGGCGCGGAGGCGGGCAAGAAGGGCGCGGGCAAGAAGGGCGGCGCGGGCAAGAAGGGCGGCGCGGGCGGCAGCGGCGGCAAGACCGAGUUCGUGCACACGCUCAACGCCACGGCGUGUGCGGUGCCGCGCAUGAUCGUGGCCAUCCUGGAGAACUUCCAACAGGAGGACGGCAGUGUGGUGGUGCCGCUGCCGCUGCGGCCCUACCUGGGCGGCAUGGAGGUCAUCCGGCCGCCCGCCAAGAAGCAUUAGACGGCGGCGCAGGCUGGCAGUGUGGGAGGGUGUUUGACGCUUUGUGCGAAGGGUUCGAAGCAGUGUGAGGGGUUGUGAGGGGUCGUUAGGAGGUUGCGAGGGGCCGGCAUGGGAGUUCGGAGCAGUAGGCGGGUGUGCUGGCGAGGGGCGGGGUACUGUGGUGGCGGCUGGGAGGGGCUGUGGUGCUCAAGCGUGACGAUGAGGGGAUCGGCAAGACGGGUCACGAGCAGACUCAGGCAGGGGAUGGAGUGGCAGGCGUGGGAAGCAGGAGAGGCAGGUGGUCACAGCGACACGGAGCACUUGAAGGUUGGGGUCGUGGGGGCCGCAUAGGGGCACGGACAAGUCCGGGCCUGGGCCGGGGCCACCUGCAAUUGGUGGCGGCGCUGUGGUGCGAGGUCUGCAUUGUGCGUAGACGGCAAUGCGGCCCUGGGCGCCGGCGGCUGGCGAUGCACUGGGAGACUGCUCAGUGAAGGCUGGCCGUCGGGAGCGCGGCAGCUUUGUGAUGCGUCGUGGACUGGGCUGCUGUGCGGCAGCCGGUUGAUGACGGGUGUGGGGAACU